UAUUCUGAAUCUACAAAGGAUGAUCUCAAACGAUUAAAAGAUAGUGGAAAAGUUAAAGCUACACAUGAUACAACAAAAGUAUGGGUUAGUGCAUUAGAAAGGUUUCAAACAGAUGUAGGGUAUCAAGAUAAAAUUGAAGAUAUUACAGACAAAAAUGUUCUUAAAGAACAAUUGUCUAAAUUUAUUUAUACUAUGAAAAAACAAGAUGAGACCGAUUAUCAUGUAUCAUCAAUCAGAAAUUGUGCGGCAGCCUUAUGA